UGCAACGCCGGACCCAGGGUGGUGGGCAACAUCCGCGGCGGCGACGCUUCCACGUACCUGAGCCCUCUGCCAGUGGAGGGCGGCGGUGAGGAGGGCGAAGGUGGCGGCGUGGACGACGAGCCCGCGCGCUGCACUUGCGGCUUCAGCGCCGUCGUCAACCGACGCCUCGCCCAUCGCGCCGGACUUUUCUAUGAGGAUGAAAUGGAGAUAACUGGCGUGGCGGAGGAGCCGGGAGGGGCGGGCGGCGGCGGCGGCGGCGGCGGCGGCGGCGGGCUGAGCGACGUGGCGGGCGUGGUGGUGGCACAGUGCGCGGCGCUGGCGGGCGGCAACGCGUCCGCGCUCGCCCGCGCCGCCGCGCGCUCCGCACAGCGCGCCGCGCACGACGACCUGCGACUCAACCUGCUCGAAUACUCUGACGGCGGCAGUGCGGCGGCGCGUGCGCUGCGUGCGGCGCGCACGGGGUCGCUGGGCGGCGCCACGCCUGCGCCUGCACCCGCGCCCGCCAACAGCAGCGCCGUACAUCGCUGGCCUUUUAUCAGCGCCCGCGCGCCGCGCUCCUCCAGGGACGUCGUCAGAUUAAUGCGUCGACUCCGGCCGCUACUCCAGGACGCGAUACAAAAACGGUGCUGCGGCGCGCGAAUGUGGGACGGUGUCACCGGCCCGCUCACCUGGCGGCAGUUCCACCGACUGGCCGGCCGCGGCAAUGAGGACCUGUGCGAGCCGCAGCCAGUGCCGCCACUGCUUGUCGGACACGACCGCGACUGGGUCUCACUGUCUCCGUACGCGCUGCGUCAUUGGGAACGGCUCGCGUUAGAACCAUACUCGUACGCGCGUGAUGUCGCCUUCGUCGUGGUCGGCGCCGACUGCGACGCACUCCAAGAUCCACUACGCAUGUUCUUCCGUGAACUCUCUACCGCGUACGAAGCCUGCCGGCUCGGACGUCACAGGCCUGUGGGUCGCAUCGCAAGAGACGGCAUUGUUCGAGCUCCUGCCUCAGGUGGUUCGGCAACAAGGGACGAAUGGGCUGGCGACCUGCCCCCCGGACGGCUCGGCGAGUAUGUGCGGGCGUACGCGGAGGCGUUGCGCAAUGUGGUGCCUCAGCUGGCGGCGUUGCCGGUAGACCGGACGCUGUUCGAGGGCACGGGCGGGUCGUCCCCCGCGCGGGCGGAGGGCUCGGCGUCGCCCACGCCGGAGCACGAGCCGGAGCCGGCGUCGGCGCCGCAGUCGAGCGCGGCGCUGUGCGAUGCGGACGAAAGCGGGCCGCCGGCGUUGGUGCUGUACCUGGUGGAGCCGCCCGCCGCGCCCGCGGACCGCGCGCGUGCUCUGCACUGCCUGCUGCGGCUCGCCGCCACCACACACACGCAUCUGAUGCACCACAAUCCACUCAUCAAGAUCGUGUCGCUGGAGAGCGUGUGCGAGGUGUGGGGCAUGGGCGGCACCGAGGAGUGCGCGGUGGCGGGCGGGGCGGGCGGCGUGGCGGGCGGCGCGGGCGGUGCGGGGGGCGCGGGGGAGGUGCGCGCGCUGGCGUUCAGUGUGUUCAGCGGCGCGCGGCGACUGCUGGCGCACCACGCCAACGGCAAGUCGCUCACCGGCUUCGGCACCGCCGCGCACGCCAACCUCUUCCUGCACUCCAAGGACGAGAAGAACCGCGCGGCGUACAAGCUGUUCUCGCCGGCGUGGGUGCUGGCGGCGCCGCGCGCGCUGAAGGAGGUGGCGGAGACGUGGGGGCAGGGCGCCGGCGAGGGCGCCGUGCUGUUCGUGUCCUACUGCCUGUCGCACGACCAGCGCUGGCUGCUGGCCGCCGCCACCGACGCCCGCGGCGAGCUGCUCGACACGGCCGCCAUCAACAUACACGUGCCGCACCGCUCGCGCCGGAGACGCAACGGGCCCGCGCGCCGCAUGGGCCUCACCAAGCUCAUGGACUUCACGCUCGGCGUCAUGAGCCAGGCCGCGCAGCCCUGGCGCCUCGUCGUCGGACGCGUCGGACGGAUCGGACACGGCGAACUCAAGGGCUGGAGCUGGCUACUGUCGCGCAAACACCUAGACCGCGCGUCGAACAUGCUGCGCGAGAUUUGCGGCAGCUGCUCGGUGCUGUACCCGACGCACGUCCCGUGCAUCCUGUCUGCGUGCCUGGUCUCCACUGAGCCGGACUCGUGUCUGCGACUCAUGGCUGAUCGGUUUACGCCCGAUGAGCGGUUCUCACAGGCUUCCAUACAGUCGCACCUGCACACGCCGCGUGAUGUGACGGCCACGCAUAUACUCGUCUUCCCGACCUCAGCCACCACGCAGUCAAACCAGAUGCCAUUCGAGCCGCCGAUGGCGAACGGCGAGGACAACGACAUGAUGUUCCUGAACGUGGACAUGGGCGACGAGGACAUGGCCGAUGACAACAUCAACGACUUGCUAAUCGGUGAUAUGUUCAAUAACAUGUGGGCGCCGAACUCGCCGCGGCGUGCCGACGACGAGCCGGGCGGCUCCCCUGCGCCUGCGCACCAUCCCGCGCACCAUCACCAGGCGCACGAGGGACAGCAGGAGCAGGUGGGCACAGUACUCCAACAACCGCUGGCGCUCGGGUACCUGGUGUCGACGGCGCCGCUGGGCGCUAUGCCGGGCUGGUGGUGGGCGGGCUGCGGCCACCUGCGCGACGCGUGUCCCGCCUUCCUCAAGAACGCGCUGCAUCUCCACUCCGUGCACGCCGCCGACGACUUCACCUCGCUCACGCAGCGCCGCGACCACAACACGCACCCGCUCGACUCGCAGACCACCACCGAUGUCCUCAGAUAUGUGCUGGAGGGGUACAACGCGUUGUCAUGGCUCGCCUUAGACGGGAACACGCACGAUCGGCUCUCCUGCCUGCCGCUGCACGUGCAGGUCCUCAUGCAGCUGUACCACACGGCGGCGGCGCUGGGCUAAACUCCAGCGCACUCAUUACUACAGGAACAGUCGACCAAUGGGACCACGUGGUCACCUUCAAAACCAACAACGGAGUUGCGGCUACCAUCAGGGAAGUUUGUAUCGAAGCUGAAGAGAGACCCGUCUCUUUCUCUUCGAAGAGUAAGGCUUGAAUUAUGCUUGUUUAGACGAGGUUGGUGAUGUUUGUUGUUUAUGGUUACCACUUAGAGCCAGGGAUUUUAUUUUCGCGCAAUUUUGACAUUUGUUAGGCGUCGGUAAAUAUCGACAUGUCUAAUGUUGAGGGCAUUUCAGCGAGUAAGAUAGAAUUGUUGUUAUUUAAAAAUCUCAUGACCAGUUAUGGAGGGGGGACGGGCGCAGACGUUGUUAUCGAUAUGAAUUAAUGCUCAAUAGUGUUGAAACAAUUUAUCGACUCAAGUUUAUCGAAUGUCGUGAUCUCUACUAGAGAUUGUAAAACCAGAUUUGCGCCUGGACGUUCAACAUCUAAUGAGAAAUUGUUGAGGAUGUUAGAAUAGUGUGUAAGAAGGUCUAAGAGUAGUUUACAAAUCUUGAUUCGGGCGUCAUUGGUUUCCUCGCCUGCGAUGUAUAUUCGUCUCGCUCAAGUUAAUAUUUAAAUGAUUAAUGUGACAAAGAUAGAGAUAUUUAAAUCGCAGUGACGUAGUUCGCUGACGCCGAAUCAGGCGUUUGUGGGUAGUUAUUAUGUGAUAAAGUGUAAGGAAAGAGCCUCGAUCAGAAGCAUUGUGACGGACAACUGCGUGAGUUCACCUCGCAUGGGCGAUGUUUUUUUUUUAUUUAUUUAGACGUGGUAGGAGCGGCGCGUAGGAUAAGUAAGGAUGUUUUUACAAAUUGCUUAUUGAUUAUAAAUUUGUAAUGAAUAUUUUUAAUACAAUUUUUUAUCGAUGAUAUGCCAGAAAUCGAUCAAAUUAUAAAUAAUGAA